CUUGACUCUCUCAUCCUCCCCCUUUCCAAUCUUGUACCGCUUUGUUGCCGAUCAGCAUGACACCGCCAGUGUCUGGACCCUUGGGCCGCAUCAAGGCCGUCCUAUUCGACAUGGAUGGCCUGCUCAUCGACUCAGAGGGCAUCUACACAAAGGUUGUCAACGAAGUGCUUGCCCCUUAUGGCAAGGAGCAGACAUGGGAGAUCAAGAGCCGCAUCAUGGGCACACCUGAGCGGAGGGCAACGGAGAUUCUGCUCAGCGCGCUCUGGCCCGACGCCGACGACGCCAGCAAGAUUGGCAAAGAUUGCCCAUUCACCAUCGAAAACUUCCUCGAAGGCAGGAACGCAUCGUUGGAGGUCGAGUUCGCCAAGGUGCAACCACUUCCAGGAGCUGUGCGAUUGGUCGCGCACCUCGCCAAGCACAAUGUGCCCAUCUGCGUAGCAACAGGCAGCAAGCGCAAAAAUUUCGAUCUCAAGUCGGCCCACAAUCACGCGCUCUUUGCCCCCUUCCGAGGCCGAGUCAUUUGUGGCGAUGAUCCUAGGCUGCAAAGAGGCAAGCCCACCCCCGAUGUCUUCCUCUUGGCCGCGCGCGAGGGACUGCAGGAGCCCUCGAUUGCCAAGGAAAUACGCUUGUGGGGCGCAGAGAACGACGCAGCGGGUCUCACGGGAGGAGAGGGCGAAAUUCUCGUUUUUGAAGACGCGAAACCUGGUGUGCAAGCAGGAAAGGCAGCGGGCAUGAAAGUGGUUUGGGUUCCCGAUCCUAAUCUCCGAGCGUUGCUGUCAAAGGAGAACGAGGAUCUAAAAGCGGACCAGAUCUUGGAAAGCUUGGAAGACUUCGAGCCAGAAGCUUGGGGUCUACCACCGUUCUGAUGCCGGAUUCUGACCAGCAGCAUGAGCUCAAAAUAUACUCUAUUGAAUCAAUCACUGUGUUCAACAUCAAACCUGCGAUCGGUUCUUCGACUGAUGGAGCUCGACUGGGUGUCGUGGAGCCAUGGCACUCGAGAGCGUGGUAGCCGCCCAAGAGUAUACUGGACGUAUCCAUGCGCAUUGUUCGCCAGUCUGAUCACGCACAUGAACAAAUCUACAUGCCCGCUAGAUGACCGAAAGGCCAGCUUCAAAACUGCAAGAUUUCGCUCGAUUCGAGCUGCUCAAGCUCGCCG